ACGCAUUCUAACCUUCAAUCCCAACACUGACUAUUGUCUCCUUCCAGGGUAAUUGUUAGCGCCCCCCUGCAGCGACUGGACGCCAAUAGAACCGGCCAAUUAUAUCGCUGUGACCCCGAGACCAGGAGCUGCGCUCCAAUCACCAUCAGCGGAUCUCAGGAGGAAAUGAAUAUUUCUCUGGGGAUGUCUCUAGCUGUCCAAGAGAACCCGUCUCAGUUACUAGCCUGUGGCCCAACGCUACAGAGACGCUGCAGAGGGAACAUCUACGUCAAUGGACUCUGUUACCAGCUGAGCAAUGACUUCCAGGUGGUGAGAACGCUGCCCAGCGCCCUCCCAGAGUGUAACGUCCACAGUCUGGAUAUUGUCUUCCUCAUCGAUGGAUCUGACAGUAUCACUAAGGAGGACUUCCCGUUAAUGCUAAACUUUGUGUCCAGCAUUAUAACAGCUUUCAAAGGCACCGAUACACAGUUCGCUCUGAUGCAGUUUUCACACAAAUUUGACAUAGAAUUCGAUUUUAAGAGAUUCUCAGAAGAGAGAAACCCGGAAGAUCUUGUAAAGCGAAUCUCCCACCAUAAAGGAGGAACAUAUACCUGUGGAGCCAUCGUCCAGGUGAUGACUCAGCUUUUUACACCAGAGAGAGGGAACCGAGAGCGGGCGCAGAAGGUUCUCAUCGUAAUAACAGACGGAGUGAGUUUCGGUGAAAAUACCAAAAUAGAAAAAUCCAUUAAUAUGGCGAAUGAGAAAGGAGUCCGGCGCUUCGCUAUUGGGGUGGGUGAUGCUUCCACAAAAGAGUCUGCUAAAAAGGAGCUGGUUGGAAUCGCAUCUCCAGACCCUAAGGACCAUGUGCUCAAUGUCACAAACUUCUCCGCUCUGGCCAACAUCCAGAAGGAACUACAGGAGAAGAUCUUCACCAUUGAAGGUACAAAGGCACUGAAUAGAAGUUCUUUUCAGAUGGAAAUGUCUCAGGAAGGGUUCAGUGCAAGCUUAACACCAGACGGGCCCACCCUCGGGGCAGUUGGCGCAUACGACUGGUCGGGCGGGGCAUAUCACUACAGGAGCGGGCAGCAGAAUGGCAGCUGGAUAAAUGCCACAAGAGACCAGGCUGAGAUGAAGGACUCCUAUCUGGGUUACGCCGUGCAACACGUGAGACCGGAUUUGGUUGCAAUUGGAGCACCAAGGUACCAACAUCAUGGAAGCGUCUUUCUCUACAGCAGAGACCGAAACACAUUCCUAUGGAGCCAUGCGGCUGACGUCAGGGUAGACAAGAUUGGGUCAUACUUUGGUUCUGUAUUGAGUGUAGUCCAUGAGAAUUCUUCCCAACCUCUCCUUCUAGUUGGGGCGCCAACAUAUUACUCACCAGAAGGCCCAGGUGGACGUGUUUACUUGUGUCCCAUCAUGCAGGCCACGAGUCCACAUGUCUCCAAUGAGAACUUCAUCACCAUCACAUGUCCUCAAACUCUUCAGGGGGACAGCAGCCAGUCUGAGGGUCAUUUUGGUUCUGCCAUCUCUGUUCUACCAGACCUGACUGGAGAUGAGCUUCCUGACCUGGCGAUUGGUGCCCCCUGUGAGGACAACAACCGGGGGGCUCUGUACAUCUUUGUAGGUGAGCCCGGUGGCUUUCACACCUCGUAUAUUCAGCGCAUUGUUGGCCGGCAGCUCAGUGAUAAUAUUAUGUACUUCGGAAGAUCAGUAACUGGAAAUUUAAACAAACAGGACAACCUUACUUACCUGGCUGUGGGGGGUGAAGGACAAGUUCUUUUACUGAGGUCGCGUCCAGUCUUGGAAGUCUCAGUUUCCAUGAGUUUUGACCCAAGUGAGAUUCCCCUUCAUUCAUAUGAAUGCGCAGACCUUCAUAGGGAAGACGCUGUGACCACAAUGACUAUCUGCUUCGCCAGACGCGUGAAAAACAAAGGAAUAUCAGGCGGGUACGUCGGUCAGCUGAUAUACACCUUGCUGCUAGAUGCCGGGCGGAAAAACACACGGGCCUUAUUCCAAAAUGCUGGCCGCUCUAUUGACGCAAACCUUACCAAUGAUGACAAGUGCCACAAUCUCUCCAUCCACCUACUGGAGUGUGUGACCGACGCUCUCUACCCGCUACGGGUCGCUCUAAACUUCUCCAUAGGUGGAAAUGUUGUACUGACGGAGAACUCGCAAACCAACUACUCUAAAGAGAUUACAUUUGAGAAGAAUUGUGGAGGAGAUGAGACGUGUGUGGAUGAUCUGAGUGUGAACGUAACAUUUGCUGGUCUCUCACAGCUGGUGGUCGGGACUUCUCUGGAUGUCAAUGUAACGGUCUCUGUGAGGAAUGGAGGGGCUGAUUCAUAUAACACCCGUGUCCUCAUCCCCUUCCCCUCGGGCCUGUCUUAUCGGAGGGUGACCCUUGUGGAGAGUAACAAGCGAGGGACCGUUUCAUGCUCAACUCUGGAGAGUCAGAGAGUUGUGAUCUGCGGAGUGAACAACCCGCUACUGAGACCCAACACUACGGUGACCUUCAUGGUCGGUUUUCACGUGGCAGUGACGGCUGAACUGGGGGACACUCUAACGAUGACCGCCAACGUGACCAGUGAUAAUGGAGGAACUGCCAAUGAACAAAUGAAAUCUAUAUCUCAUAUCAGAGUGUUGUACGCAAUCUACGUGACUGUCAGCAGCCUGGAAGAGUCCACCAAAUACCACAACUAUUCCUCCCAUGACGCCAGCGUGCAACAUGUGUACAAGGUAAUUAAUCUGGGGGAUCAUCGUCUCCCGCUAUCCACCAUCUUCCUCAUCCCGGUUACAUUGGGGGAAACCACUGUGUGGGAGAAGACAAGUAUCAGCAGCUCACAGCCAGAACGUUCUACCUGCACAGUGACAGGUGAGACCCCGGGAGCCAGGAAAUACCAGGAGCUCAUGAAAAAAAGUCCAGUUCUGGACUGUUCGGUGGGGUCCUGUCUCAGAGCAGUCUGUAACAUCAGUGAUCUGGAGGUUCAGACGUCGGUGACCUUCACAAUCAGCGGCUCUGUGACUGAAGCCUGGACCACACAGACAGAAAAUGAGAGAAUUUAUCUCCAGAGCUCAGCAGAAAUUGAGUACGAUUCUCACACGUACGAAUACAUCCUGGAGCAGAACCAGCGAUUCAUCCGAGCCCAGACCCAGACUGUGCUGGAGAUCUACCCGGAGUAUAAUUACUACCCUAUCAUUAUCGGAAGCAGUGUUGGAGGUUUGGUGCUGUUAGGACUGAUAGCUGCUGGUUUAUACAAGAUUGGGUUCUUCAAGCGCCAGUAUAAGGAGAUGCUGGAAAACCCCGCAGACGAGCGCGCAGGAAACGCAGAGGCCGCUGAGGGGGCGGAGGCCGGCGGAGAUCCGGAGUGAUGACCAGAAGAUGAUUCUU